AUGUCCUCCCGCCCCCGCGUCAUAUACUGGUUCCGGACCGACCUUCGACUGCACGACUCACCCGCCCUCGCGGCCGCUCUUGCGCUCGACCCGGCCGUGUUCUGGCCCAUCUUCACUUGGGAUCCGCACUACGUCUACCGCGCCCGAGGGGGUCUGAAUCGUUGGCAAUUCCUUCUAGAUUGCCAGAAUGACCUCUCGGAGAGCAUCACUAAACUCAACGCCAAUUCUAAGCUCUUCGUCCUUCGUGAGGGCCCGCAAACGCUAUUCCCCAAGUUGUUCAAGGCGUGGAAGGUGACGCAUCUCGUCUUUGAGAAGGACACGGACGCGUACGGUCGCGAGAGGGAUGAAGUCGUGAUCAAAGCAGCCCUGGACGCUGGUGUAAAAGUCAUCGUCAAGAGCGGGCGAACCCUAUGGGACAGCGACGCCGUGGUCGAGAAGCACGGCGGCAAGCCCACAAUGUCUAUAACGCAGUUGCAGGCGGCAGGCGCAAAAGUCGGCCCCAUAGCGAAGCCGAUCCCGCCGCCACAGGAGCUGCCGGAUCCCGGGGACAUGCCGGUGGAUUUUGAGCAGACGCCGCCUGACACGAAGCCGGACUUCAACGCGGGGCAGCGCACGGAUAAGGAUUCGGCUUACAGGAAGAUUUCGGGGCCCAACGGCGAUUUCGCUAUCGAGACGAUGGAGGAGCUCGGGUUCCCGUCGGCGAGCACUCCCCACCGCGGAGGGGAGACGCGGGCGCUCAGAAUGCUGGACGACAUCUUGGCGAACAAGAAGUACACGGCCACGUUCGAGAAGCCCAAGACGAGCCCCGCGGCCUUCGAGCCGCAGUCGACGACGUUUAUGUCGCCGUUCUUGCAUUUUGGGGCACUAUCCGUGCGGCAGUUCUACUGGGGGGUGAAGGAGGUUGCGGAUAAGUACGGCAAGGGGGCGUCGAAAGUGCCGGAGAGCUUGAUCGGACAGCUGCUGUUCCGCGACAUGUACUUUGCGGCGCACGCGGCACUGGGAUACAGGUUUACGCAGACGGCAAAUAACCCCUACUGUCGCUUCAUCCCAUGGCACUUGCCGUCAAAGGUUGACUCCAAGACGGGUCUCAUCACCGGCGAGUAUCAUGUUGAUUCAGAGCAGGCGGACGAGUGGUUCAGGAGGUGGAAGUACGGGAUGACGGGCUUCCCGUGGAUCGACGCCUUGAUGCGGCAGCUGCGAGAGGAGGGUUGGAUUCAUCACUUGGGCCGCCACUCGGUGGCCUGUUUCCUCACCCGAGGAGGCUGCUACAUUGAUUGGGAGCGCGGUUGCGAGGUGUUUGAGGAGUGGCUCCUCGAUCACGAGCCGGCUUGCAACGCGGGGAACUGGCAGUGGCUGAGCUGUACAGCCUUCUUCUCGCAAUAUUUCCGUUGCUAUAGUCCUAUAUCUUUCGGCCAGAAGUGGGAUAAGAACGGGGACUUUGUGCGGCGGUGGGUACCGGAGCUCAAGAGCCUGGACGCAAAGUACAUCUACGAGCCGUGGAAGGCCCCGCUGCCCGACCAGAAGAAGGCUGGCGUCCGGAUUACAGGGCGUGGGGAGACUGCCGAAAAGGGGGUGUAUCCGAAGCCCAUGUUUGAUUUCAACGAGCGGAGGACGGUGUGCCUGCAGUCGAUGAAGAAGGCGUACGAGGUUGGCUUACACGGAAACGACGACAAGGUGACCAACGGCGGUUGGCGGAAGCUGUUUGAAGGCAAGUGCGCAGAGGUCAGGGAAGAGUUCGAGAGCGACGACGGUGAAGGAGCGGACCAGGCCGAAGACGACGGCCCCCAGAUCAAGGGCAACGAGAUCACACCAGCCAAACGGGCUGCCGAAGAGGGUAGUGCCGAGCAGCAUGCGGACAAGAAACAAAAGGCCUAG